AUGUUUGAUAUUAUUCAACAAACACACAUUCAAACUGGACACGGAGGACGUACUCGGAUGAUUAAAGAAUUGCAAUGUAAAUACAAAAAUAUUAUAUAUGAAAUCGUUAUGCUAUAUUUGAGUUUAUGCAUUCAAUGUCAAACAAAACAAAAAGCACCUAGAAAAGGCAUUGUUGUGAAGCCUUUAAUAAGUUCAGAGUUAAAUUCCCGAUGUCAAAUAGAUCUUGUUGAUAUGCAAACAUGUAAAGAUGGAGAAUACAAAUUUAUUUUGAACUAUCAAGAUCAUUUGACAAAAUUUAUACAACUACGGCCAUUAAAAUCUAAAACCGCGGAAGAAGUUGCCCAUAAUUUGUUACAUAUAUUCUUAACUUUUGGAGCACCAAAUAUUUUACAUUCUGAUAAUGGUAGGGAAUUUGUGAAUAAAAUAAUCACAGAACUGUGUUUUAUGUGGGAUGGUGUAAAAAUAGUUCAUGGCAAACCACGCCAUAGCCAAACACAAGGUUCAAUAGAAAGAGCGAAUCAAGAUAUUCAGAACCUACUAAGAGCAUGGAUGUCCGAUAAUAAUACUAAUAAAUGGGCGGAUGGUCUAUAUUUUGUUCAAUUUACAAAAAAUACAGCAUACCACGAAGGUAUAAAGCAAAGUCCAUAUGAAGCUAUGUUUGGCACAAAACCCAAAAGGGGUCUGUUUUCGUCUUCUCUUCCUCGAGAUAAACUACGUCAACUUGAAUCAGAAGAGCAUUUGGAAAACGUAAUCAAAUAUAUGAAUUGUGAAAAAGGUGAUCGAGAAAAUGAAAAGUCGAGUGAUGACGAACAACACGAAAAUAAUAAGACAGAUUGUGAAAAAGGUGAUCGAGAAAGUGAAAAAUCGUGUGAUGACGAACAACAGGCAAAAAAAAUAUCAAAUAAACCAAUUGACAGAAGAAAAGAAAAAAUAAUUUUGAAUAGAGAAGUAGCUAUCACAAGUCUCCAAGUACAAGCCGUAAAAAUGUUGAGAACUUUAAUUUAA